AUGGUGUCUGAUUUUAAAAAUCUUGGAAUCACCCUUCAUGACUCAUACCUGCCUUUAUCGACCAAUCAGAGAUCAAGCUUGGCUAACGGCACCUGGGGGCCCAAUGGCGUCACUUUCUUCAUCAUUCAGGGCCUCCCCAGCCUUGGACAAGAAAAGAUGAUCCUUUUUGUCAUCCUGCUUCUGGGUUACAUCAUCAUCCUGGGAGGAAACAGCAUGAUCAUCUUUGUGGCGUUAACUGAUUCAAAGCUCAACUCGCCCAUGUUUUUUUUCCUCUACAACCUCUCCUUUGUGGACAUCAUGUACACCACCACCACCAUCCCCAAAAUGCUGUCUGGCCUCCUGGCAGAAAUGAACACCAUAUCUGUCCAUGGCUGCUUCCUCCAGAUGCAGUUUGUCAUUCAGCUAGGUAUUACCAGUCGGGCCAUCCUGACUGUCAUGGCGUACGACCGCUACGUGGCCAUUUGCAACCCUCUGCGCUACGCUGCUAUCAUGACCCGAUCCCACCGGCUGGUCCUCAUCGCAGGAGCCUGGAGCUUUGGUGCCUUCUGCACGCUGCCAGCCACCUCCAUGUCCUUCCAGCGGUCGUACUGCGGCUCUAAUUUAGUGAAACAUGGCUGGUGCGACCCAUCAUCUGUAAGGCGGCUGGUGUGUGGUGACGUUAGAGUGGAUAACAUUGUUUCCCUUUCCUGUGCCGUGGUGGCGCUUCUGACCACAGGAGUCCUCAUUCUCACCUCAUAUAUCCUGAUUGGUGUUUCGGUAUCGAAGAUGGGUGCAGCUCAGAGGCUGAAGGCCUUCGGGACGUGUGCUGCCCACCUGAUUGUGGUGUCCAUCUCUUACAGCUCGGCAUCGUGCGUAUACAUCUCCUACCGGGUGGGAAACUUUCCACCAGAGGUUCGUAUCAUUGUGUCAGUGCUGUACUCCGCUCUGACUCCUUUCCUGAACCCAAUGAUCUACAGUCUGAAGAACAAGGAGCUUCGAGAGUCAAUCGGGAGGACUCUGAGCAGGUUCAGACCUUCUGCUGUGUUACCAACACAAGUCUUCAAAAAAGUGAAAACAGUUUCCUGA